ACUGUGCGUUUCUGUGUGGGUGUACGGUCCACCUCAAGAAAAGCUGUAGGGUAUUAAUCAGAUACAUAUUUAGAUUUAUAUGAGGACAAGCAGCAGUGUUCACAAUGACUCCAAUUAAAAUAUCUCAAGUUUUGAAGAUUCAGGAAAAGGCCCAGUGCUUUCUACAUCAAGCCAUAGCAAAUGAACGUUCCCGACGGUGGAAGAAGGUUGUAGAUAAUUAUUCCGACUUGUUUAGAUUACUCGACAGAAGAAGUCUCCCAGUUACUUUUAAGCCUGGGCCACACUAUGCACAACUGCUGUAUGAGUGCUAUUUCCAUUCAGGGAUGGCUUUCCAAAGUCUGAAUCAACACAAAGAAGCUGUUCACCAGUACACCAAAGCAAUCCAAAGUGUAUCAGUACCAAAGAAUGGCUGUCUGUCUGGCUGUCAUUCCAGUUCCUGCCUUCACACGCCAUUAUUUACAAGGAGAGCAUAUGCAUAUGCAAAAUGUGGGGAAUUGAAGAAUGCCCUGAAAGAUGCUGAAAAGGCUGUCGUUUUAGACAGUUUCAAUCCUGCUGUUUACUGUGUAAGAGCUCUGGUCUUCAGUACUAUGGGAGAAAUGAAGAGGGCUGUGCUGGAUUUAAACUGUGCUCUUAAACUCAACCCUUCACUUGCCUGUGCACUGAUAUUACGAGGGACACUCACAGGACUAUUAGCAGAAGGCAGUUGGAAUGCAUUUGAUAUGAAGAACAAAGAUCACAAGAAGGCUCUGGAAAUGCAUCAGGACGCAAAUGUUUUCCAGGAUUUGGCGGAUUUCAAAAGCCCACAAAUCGGUGAAUUCUACAACAGGUUCUUGUGGUGUCUGAAUGUUCCCCACACUGUGAUUGAGGUGGAUUUCUUGUCUGGAUCGUCUUUCAAUGCCAGCCUCCCAGGAAGACCCAACGGAACACCUUCUGCUUCAGUAUUAAACAAUACUCCAAAAAAUAGCUACAUUCAAAGCCAGCAGAGGGACCCAUUUCGCUGUGGCACACCUGCCUGUUACCGUGACGACAGUAGACUGGAAAGAAGAUCAGCUUACGGAUCAGCACUGAGGAAGUAUUCAGCAGACAUGAAAGAUACUGGGAUAUCUGCCAGAAUUCUUCAGUUGACCAAGAGUGCUGUUGCUUGGUCUGAACGGAGGGCGGCUUCAGCUUCUGCUCACAUGGAAUUUCAGAGCAACACAAAACCAAAAUCUGUGGCAUCUUUAAGAAGGAGAACCGGCUCUUCCGUGCUGCAACUAAGGAAACAGGAAGUUCAAUCAAAGAUAUUAUCUGAAGUGGGCAUAACAGUUUUUCAAGCUAUAAAUCUCUGUGAUGCUCCAAGGAUGUAUUAUAAACCUUGGAAAGGAGAUAAACUUCCAGUUACUGAGUUGCCUAUAAAGCCACCAUUGAAAGUGUUUAAAGUAUAAAUAUUCUUCAUACAAUAGAGAUGAAACACCAAGGCAACUAUGAAAACUAGACAGGAGAAAUAGCUAUGAACUGGAAAUGCUACUGUGAAAUCAUUGUUUUAAGAGAAAACUAAUGGUCUGAGCAAUUACUUGUAGACAGAAAUGUUGGAAUUUUGCUCUUUUGUUCAUUGCUAAAUAUGGUCUGCAGUGUCCUAUAUACUGUAUUGUUCUAUAUAUCUAUGUAGAAAGUUUUGACCUUUAUUAGUGCACACUGAAAAAUAAAUCAACUCUGUGUAACAACUA